CGUGGAUUGGCAAUUCAUCUCUGGACAUCUCUAAACAUACCAACGGUAUUCGUAUUGACUCGUACGCCGGAGAGAUUCAGACAGGAUCUCCAUGCAUCAAUUUGGAAUCGGUCGAGAAACUCACUCUUCGCCAGACCACACAAGCGCAUGCGAAGCUCAUCCACUACAAAGCUUAACCUGUCUCUCUCUGUCCCAGUGAGGAGCAUAUACGAGAAUCGGGGCGACUGCAUGCCGUAACUAUCUGGUAACCGCGCGUGGCAACCGACCAAUGCCAUGGUCUUCAGUGGACGUCCAUCGAGUGCUUGUCACGCAUGCCGAACAAAACGACUCAAGUGCGACCGAGUCCGCCCCGGCUGCACGCAAUGUGCUCGGAAACGAAUUGCCUGUCCCGGGUACAGGCCGUCGUCAGAGCUGCGAAUCAGGGACGAGACGGACAGAGUGACUCGCAAAUCACUGGGCGCUACAGAAGUCACGUACAACUUCGCUCAAGCGCCCCAACUCACUGCUGCCGGCCCCGAUCUCACAGAAACACAAACACCUCAUCCAGGGUCAUCAAGUAUCCUGGACUCCACUACCGACGAUAGUGCCGUAUCCUAUUUCAUGUCGUCUUACAUUACCUGUGGUCCUUUUCAAGAAUACUUGCCUAGCAUGUAUGUCGGAUGCAGGUUUGGCGAGGACGCGCUAUCGGCAGCCAUCGACGCCGCUUCUUUCGCAGCGUACGCCCGGCAAACCGGCCAUCGAGGAUGCAUGGAUAGAGGCCGGAGAAGCUACACCUUGGCUUUGAGUCGAAUUAAUCUUGCCCUUACCGACCCCGCAACGGCAGUGCUCGACCAGACACUUGCCUCGAUUCUGCUGUUGGGAACAUUUGAGAGCAUCGUUUUUCCGGGCGCGAGGUCCCCUGAAGAAUGGACGGCGCAUCUCUUCGGCGCUGCCAAACUGCUACAGCUGAGAGGAUUGAAGCAGUUUGGAUCUGAAUUUGGGGCUCAGCUGUUCAGCCACACAACAAGCAACAUUUUCGCCAGUAGCAUGCAGCGAUUCGUCAACAUGCCGGCUGAGGUUCAGAGCUUGAAAGACGUGGCAAACCCCUUUCUCGAUCCGAAUGAUCCUGGCAACAGAAUGAGUCCCGUGUUGGAGCGCGUUGUCCGUAUCAAGGCAAGGAUCUCCAACUAUUCCAAGGACAGGGGUGUCUUGUAUGAGGUAUUCGACGACGCUGCGGUUCUCGAGCAGGAAAUUGUUGAGCUUAUCAAAGACGAUGACCCAAUACUGGGGUACACGGUUCGAUCAAAAGAAGACACACCCUCUUGGGCAUAUCGCGGUAUCGCAUACCGCUACAAGAGUCAUCGAGCAAUCAAAAUCCGGAACACGCUACGCAUGGCCCGCUUGUUCCUCUUGGAGGUGAUGUCCGCCGGAGCAUCCCUGGCAAUAGAGAGCAUGCAGAACCAAGCCGACAAGGAAACUCCUAGCAAGGGAUUUCGAGAUUCAUACGACUUUACCGCAUUCAAGGAAGAUGCGCGUAGGCUCGCGGACGAGAUUACUACGGAAGUCCUGGGCUGCUUGCCUGAUUUCCUCGAGCCGAGUCCUACAGGGCCAAGAUUCUCACCGUCCUCCAGGACAUUGGUCUGGCCGCUGAGUGUAAUUUACAAGAACCGCAUAUGCCCUCCACAGGCCAGGGAGUAUGCAAGGUCUAUGGCGGAUGAGUUUGUGAAAGACCUGGAUAGGCUGCAGCUUGUGGACGCUAGGAAAUUCAUUACUGACGCAGAGAGUGCGGAAGACUGGCUGCAUCUAUAUCACCUAGAUUGAAGCUCGCUUCGGCUGGGUGGCCGCGCCCGAAAUCACGUAAAAUAUGUGAUUAUUAUACUUCCCUCUAGAUGGGUCGUCCAGGUGGCUGUUGAUCAGUUGACGAGAAAAGGAUCUGCAAUGACGUAUACUGUCACAACUCUCUACCAGGGGAAUUCCAAUGUAACUGAUCUAUAGACGGCCCCGAAGAGUAACGAUUUUCGGUGGAUAAGUCGAAGGGUUUCUUCGUACAGGGUGUUGGGGAUGGACGAUAUACUAAACCUUGUACGGUGGGUAUUUCGUAGCUGGG